AUGCAAUCAUUGGACAUAAAACCGACAGUUGGUCUAAUCGCGUGCUGCGAAUGCGGUGUGGCGAUUGAGCCGAAUCCGGCGAACAUGUGCAGUGGUUGUCUGCGCUCAAGGGUAGAUAUCACAGAAGGAAUCACUAAACAAUGCACAAUCUACAUGUGCAAAUUCUGUGAUCGUUACUUCGUUCCACCGAGUGCGUGGAUGAGGGCGGAGCUUGAGUCGAAGGAAUUGUUGUCGAUUUGUCUGAAAAAGCUGAAACCCAUGCUUACGAAGGUCCGCCUCACCGACGCGUGCUUCGUUUGGACUGAAGCUCACUCGAAACGUAUCAAAGUCAAGAUCACAAUUCAGAAGGAAGUCUUCACUAACACAAUUCUUCAACAAGCCGUUGUUGUUGAGUUCACUGUUCACAGUCAGUUGUGCGAUGAUUGUCGUCGUGCAGAAGCCAAAGACUUCUGGCGUGCUUGUGUUCAAGUCCGUCAACGUGCUGAAUUCAAGAAGACGUUGUUCUAUCUGGAACAGCUUCUUUUGAAGCACUCCGCGCACAAAGAGUGCACUGGAGUGAAGCCAGUGCCCACUGGAAUCGACUUCUUUUUCGCGAAACAACAGGAAGCAAGGACAUUUGUCAAUUUCCUAAUGACAGUGUUGCCAUGCAAGUAUCAUUAUGCACAGGAACUCGUCUCUCACGACACCAAGAACAACACAUACGACUACAAGCAUACAUUCUGUGUGGAAAUCGUCCCAAUCUGUCGUGACAACAUCGUGUGUAUUCCCAAAAAACAAGCUCAACAACUGGGAAAUAUGUCACAGAUUCUGUUGUGUCUUCGUGUCUCCAACGUCAUCACAUUGAUUGAUCCAAGCAAUUUACAGCUGGUUGAUGUGCAGGCAACCAACUUCUGGAGAGAGCCAUUCGAGUCGCUGUGCGGUCCGAAACAGCUCACCGAGUUCUACGUUCUCGAAGUGGAUCCAAUCGAUAAUUUUGAGAGAAAAGCAGGUCAUGGAUACGUCAGUAAGAAGCACGAAUUGGCUAAUGUAUGGUUGGUGAGAAGUGAUCAAGUUGGAAUGUCCGAUGCUCAACCACUCUAUGCGAGAACUCAUUUGGGACAUUUGCUAUCGCCAGGAGAUUUGGUUAUGGCAUUCGACAUGAAGAACUGCAAUGUGAACAACGCCACGUUCGACGCCAUGAAAAUUGACAACAUCCCAGACGCAAUCAUCGUCAGAAAGGUAUUCGACCGUACUCGCCGUACCGCAAAACGUCAAUGGAAGCUGAAGAGAUUGGUUGUCGACGGAAAUAUUGUUGGAAAUGAGACAGCGUCAGUUGCCGACGAAUUCCAAGGAUUCAUGGAGGAUAUUGAGGAGGAUGCGUUGAUGAGAGAGAAGAUUAAUAUCUAUAAGGACGCUGAAAAGGCACCAAAUGUUGAUGGAGACGACGACGAUGAUCAUCCAGAAGCCCCAUCACUGGCUGAAAUGCUUGAAGACUUGAAAUUCGACGACGAGGAGAUGAAAGAGGCAGCAGAGAGUGCUGAUGAAGAGCCAAUGCAGGAGUAA